AACUUGAAGCAGUGAAAUUGGGCCAGUCGACGCACACAUACAAACACAAACUGGAGUGUUCAUAUGUAUAGGCCUCGGCGCUAGCCCAUAACCUACAAUUCGAAAGGGCUUUACUUCAAAUCUUCUCCCGUUAGUUUGUAAUCUCCGUGAAAUUUAGAAACGGCGGGCAAAGUCGAAGAUCCGACCCACCUCGAUUAUCGUGCGCUAGGGUUUUUGCUCCGUCGGAAUCUCGAAUUUCAAUUCUUAAUCUAUGUCGAACGAUCAAUCUAAUAUUAAAGCUGACGGUACACAAGAAACGGUUAUGGCAUCACCUGCACCGGCCAUACCCCACUCUAUUUUGCAGCCCCCUCAGACUUCCACAUCUUUGACCAACUUUGGCCCAAGAUACUGGGGUCCUGUACCAUCUUUUCAAGUGCCUCAAGGAUUACCUGGCCCUCCCAGGCUUCCUGGCCCACCUGGACUAGCUCCUGUAUCCUCAUCAAAUAUGAAUGUCCCAUCUCCAUUUGUCAAUUCUUCGUCUCCGUAUGCAACACCUAUGGGGUCAAAUGCUUCUAUUUCAUCCAUUCCAGCUAUUCAGCCCCGACCAUAUCCUGCCUAUUCGUCAGGUCCUCCUAUGGUUGCUACACCUCAGGGGUUGUGGGUUCAGCCACAAACAAUGGGUGUGUUGUCAAGACCACCUCUUUUACAAUGUCCUCCUGCUGUAUCUGGUCCAUUUCCUUUGUCAGCCCAAGGCAUGCAACUUCCUUAUGUUCCAUUGCCUGAUUCUCAACCUCCUGGUGUAACUCCUGUGGGACCUCCAGGUGGUUCCUUUGUAUAUCCUACGACAUCCGGUAACCAAUCGGCAGUCUUCUCUGUACCUGAGCCUGAAUUACCUCCAGGCACAAGUAAUGAUAAGCCUGUCAUUGAUGCCAGUGUCAGAGUAGGACCUCCUGCUGGUGAACAGUUGGAUGCAUGGACAGCACACAAGACUGAAACAGGAGCUGUAUACUAUUAUAAUGCUGUCACCGGAGAAUCUACUUAUGAGAAACCUGCCGGGUUCAAAGGAGAGGCAGAGAGGGUAGCUACACAGCCAACUCCUAUAUCAUGGGAGAGAUUGGGUACCACAGAUUGGACACUAGUCACCACAAAUGAUGGCAAAAGAUAUUACUACAACACCAAAACCAAGUUGAGCAGCUGGCAAGUCCCAACUGAAGUGACAGAGUUAAAAAAGAAGCAGGAUCUUGAUGCUACCAAGGAACAGCCAACGUCAGUGCCAAAUGCUGUUGCUGUAACUGAAAAAGAAUCCGCUCCUAUUAUUCUAAGUGCCCCUGCUGUUAAUACAGGUGGAAGGGAUGCCGCACCUCUUAGAUCUCCGAACGUGCCUGGAGCAUCAUCCGCACUUGAUAUGGUAAAAAGGAAGUUACAAGACUCCGGAACACCUGCUACACCAACACCUGUUUCAUCUGUGACAGGAACAGUGGCCUCAGAAUUGAAUGGAUCAAGAACACUUGAGAAUGCAGGGAACGGCACGCAAGUUGAAAUCCACAAAGAUAAGCACAAGGAUGACAAUGGUGAUGAUCCAAUGUCUGAUUCCUCCUCAGAUUCAGAAGAUGUCGAUACCAGGCCAUCCAAGGAGGAGUGUAUAAUCCAAUUUAAGGCGAUGCUGAAGGAACGCGGAGUGGCACCUUUCUCGAAGUGGGAAAAGGAACUUCCGAAGAUUGUCUUUGAUCCGCGCUUUAAGGCAAUCGCAGGUUACAGUGCUCGGAGAUCUUUGUUUGAGCAUUACGUUCGGACACGUGCAGAAGAAGAACGCAAGGAAAAACGUGCAGCUCAGAAGGCCGCAGUAGAGGCUUUUAAGCAGUUGCUGGAAGAGGCAAAAAAGGAUAUUGACCAUAAUACUGAUCAUCACGCGUUCAAAAAGAAAUGGGGUCAUGAUCCACGUUUUGAAGCUUUGGACCGGAAAGAGCGGGAAAAUUUAUUAAAUGAAAGAGUCUUACCUUUGAAGAAGGAAGCUCAAGCAAAGGAUCAGGCCAUGCGUGCAGCUGCUGCAUCGAACUUUAAGUCCAUGCUUCGUGAUAGAGGAGACAUUACUGCAAGUUCUCGUUGGUCGAAAGUUAAAGAUAGCAUACGCAAUGAACAAUGGUACAAAUCAGUGAAGCACGAAGACAGGGAAGUUCUAUUUAACGAAUUCAUAUCUGACUUAAAAUCAGCCGAACAAGAAGCAGAAAGAAUUGUGAAGGCCAAACGAGAUGAGGAGGAAAAAUUAAAGGAAAUCGAGAGACAAACUCGUAAGCGGAAAGAAAGGGAAGAGCAAGAAGUUGAGAGGGUACGAUCAAAAGCUAGAAGAAAGGAGGCUGUUGAAUCUUAUCAAGCUUUACUUGUCGAAACUAUCAAAGAUGCUCAGGCAUCAUGGACGGAAUCAAAACUCAAGCUUGAAAAGGAUCCCCAAGGACGCGCUACAAAGUAUCAUUUGGAUCAAUCUGAUUUAGAAAAGCUUUUCCGUGAACAUGUCAAAAUGUUGAACGAGCGUUGUACACGUGACUUCAGGGCCUUGCUAGCAGAGGUCAUAACAGCUGAAGCAGCUAUGAAGGAAAGGGAUGAUGGCAAAACAGUGUUUACGUCGUGGUCAACAGCGAAACACCUCUUAAAGGCCGAUGUUAGGUACACAAAAAUGCCAAGGAAAGAAAGGGAGUCAUUGUGGCGUAGACAUGUUGAUGAUAUGCAGAGAAGGUUAAAGUUAUCUCUUAAUGAACAGACAGAAAAGCAUUCGCUAGAGGCAAAGAACCAUCCAGCUGUUGAGGCUGGAAAACAUCACUCAGGUUCAAGGAGGAACCAUGAAAAGAGAUAGAUUUUCUGCCAAAUUUACAUCCUUCCCAGCCUUGAAUUUUUCCAUUGUGUCGCAUUGGCUAAUUUGCUCACUCUUGCUUUGCGUUGCUGUCACUCUCCGCAUUACAUGAGUGUAUGGCUUAGUUGUAAGGUAGUGAAAUUAGUUUUAAAAUUGUGAGCUCUAGUAUAUUAGUAUUCAUUUUCUUUCACAAAACAUUUUAUAUGAUGCUUCAGUUAAUUAUAUCUUGUUAUUUGUGAAUCAUACAUGUCCUAGAUCAUAAUGAAAUGGAAACAUUAUUAUCUGAUUGUACAUUGACAAAUGACUGAACGAGUUUUGCCCAAUUAGACUUUUGUUUUAUAU